GUCCCCGCCACGUGCUCAGGUGAACCUCUGCAGGCCCCACGGCCGUUGGUGACCGUUGGCACAAAGCGAGCCUCGUGAGACGGGCUGGUAUAAAGGGGUGGCUGGGCCACCGCCGGGGAGAGGGCGCGGGGGUUGAGGGCUCGUGCCCUCGGCUGGCCACGUGACGAUGGGGGGGAGCGCGCGGAACCCUGGAGUCCUGCGCGGGGACCAGGCAUCUGACCAGUCUGCGUACCAGAGAUUAAGUCGGAGGAUGCUGGACAUUUCCGGGGACCGGGGCGUGCUGAAGGACGUCAUCCGAGAGGGUGCGGGAGAGCUGGUGACCCCCGAUGCUUCUGUGCUAGUGAAAUAUUCUGGAUAUCUGGAGCAUAUGGACAAGCCUUUUGAUUCUAAUUGCUUUAGGAAAACUCCCCGGUUGAUGAAACUUGGAGAGGAUAUUACACUCUGGGGCAUGGAGCUGGGCCUUCUGAGCAUGCGAAGAGGCGAGCUGGCCAGGUUUCUGUUCAAACCAACCUAUGCCUAUGGAACCAUGGGCUGCCCUCCCUUGAUCCCCCCAAACACCACUGUCCUGUUUGAGAUCGAGCUGCUUGACUUCCUGGACUCUGCAGAGUCAGACAAGUUUUGUGCCCUUUCAGCUGAGCAACAAGAUGAGUUUCCACUUCAGAAGGUCUUAAAAGUGGCAGCUACUGAGCGGGAGUUUGGCAACUACCUUUUCCGCCAGAAUCGGUUCUAUGAUGCCAAAGUGAGGUACAAGCGGGCCUUGCUGCUUCUCCACCGACGAUCAGCACCCCCCAGAGAGCAGCACCUGGUGGCAGCAGCCAAGCUUCUGGUUCUCCUUAACCUGUCCUUAACGUACCUGAAGCUGGAGCGGCCUACCACGGCCUUGCGCUAUGGAGAACAAGCUCUGAUCCUUGACCAGAAGAAUGCUAAGGCCCUCUUCCGGUGUGGACAGGCCUGUCUUCUCAUGACCGAGUAUCAGAAGGCCCGGGAUUUUCUAGUCCGAGCCCAGAAGGAACAGCCCUUCAAUCACGAUAUCAACAAUGAGCUGAAGAAACUGGCCAGCUCUUACAAGGACUACACAGAUAAAGAGAAAGAGAUGUGUCACCGAAUGUUUGCUCCUGACGAUAAUGGCUCUACAGUAGGAGAGACUUAAAGAUUCUUCAAGCAACCUGCGGACGGGAGUGGCCAGGCUGCUGGAGCUCUCCAUCGACAGGACUAGGGGGCUUUCUGGAAUGAACUCCUUCCUCGGCACACACCGUGUGGCAGGGACGCGCUUGGAAGUCGGGGCUGGGAUUCCACAGCCCUGGGCCAUUGCCUCAUCUCUGACGCUGCCGAAGUGUGUUUUCACAGGUGCUGUUUUCUGUUUCACGUUUUCAUACACAGAGUAGGGGAAAGAGUAGCUACCGAUGAGUAGAAAAAUGCUAUUUUUUUAAAAAGGCAGUUUCUUGUUUUGUUUUUUCAAUGGACUCAGUCCUUGGCUUUUUCCCGGUCCCAGCCCCCCUUCCGGCUGGUAAUGUCCCUGGGUAAAUACAAAGAGAGAUCGCUUUGUGUGUUUUAUACGGUUUUCUGUUUUAGAGAGAGAAUUAUGUUACAUGCGUUAUUGUUGUAAAUAAAUAAAACCUUUCUCUGU